AUCGCUACUAAGAAUUUCAUUGCAAAAAAAAAUAAAAUAGGAAACGAGGCAAACGGCGACGGCGACAUCAACUGCAAGAAAGAAUAAACGGAGAAGAGAGUUGGAAAGUUUCGGCAGCCCAAGGCGUAGCGAAAAGUGCUAAGUAGAUUAGUCCCGAGACAGACAGUGACAUCGCAAGCAACAAAAUGAGCGGAGGCAUGGAUAAGAGAAAACUCUCCACAUCGGGGGACUCGCUGUACGAGAUUCUGGGACUUCCAAAGACUGCCACCGGAGACGAUAUCAAGAAGACUUACCGGAAGCUGGCACUGAAAUACCAUCCGGACAAGAACCCCGACAACGUCGAUGCUUCCGAUAAGUUCAAAGAGGUAAACCGGGCGCACUCGAUACUGAGCGACCAGACCAAACGCAAUAUCUACGACAAUUACGGCUCCCUGGGACUGUAUAUAGCCGAGCAGUUCGGUGAGGAGAAUGUGAAUGCAUACUUUGUGGUCACAUCGCCGACGGUGAAGGCCUUGUUUAUCUGCUGCGCAGUGGUCACCGGCUGCUGCUGCUGUUGCUGCUGCUGCUGUUGUUGCAACUUCUGCUGCGGCAAAUUCAAGCCGCCGGUCAACGAGUCGCACGACCAGUAUGCACAUCUGAAUCGACCCGAUGGCAAUCGAGAAGCCAGUGAUCUGCCACCGCACCUGGGACACCAGCCACGUCUUGAGGACGUUGAUCUGGACGACGUGAAUCUUGGUUCGGGCGGAGGCCCUGUCACCUCGCAGCCACGCGAACAGCCCGGAGGACAGCCCGUCUUCGCAAUGCCGCCGCCCACUGGAGCAGCUGUGGGCGUGAAUCCAUUCACGGGCGCUCCCGUGGCGGCCAACGAGAAUACGUCGCUGAACACCACAGAGCAGACCACAUACACGCCAGGUCUGCGUCACUCACAGUCUCACAGUCACCGCUCCUAAGCGCCCUUUCAAGCAUUUGCAAGUUUUUGUUUUGUUAAUAUUAUACAUUGGAUUACUAAACUCGAUCUCUCUGUAUGGGCACUUAAUAAAUUGAUCAAAGAAGAAAGACACUGCCAUAAUCUGCUGCAAAGUUAAUUUGCAUUCGAAUUUUGUUUACUUUUUGUUCGGUUCGUUUGUUAUGCAACAUGUGGAUUUUUAUUUUGUUAUCACUUAUCACUCUCUCUACUCUGUUCUCUCUUUCUCUCUUCACCUCUAGGUAUAGUUAAUCAAAAAUAUUAGGCGAGCCCAUGGCCCCUGUGCAUGCGUACGAUUCAGAUCUAAACACAGACACAGAAAAAGAAACACAAACUUCAGAAGAAAAAGAAGAAGUUUAGCCGAGCAAAAGCGCUGAUUUAUUUAAUAACUAUUAGAAAUGUUUUUAAGAUGUGUGCGCGUUAUGUUGAAGCGAGAAAACAUAUGAACUUAUGUAUUAAUGUAAGCUUAGCACUUAGCUCUAAUUUUAAACAAUCUUACUUCGAGGCGGCAGCACUCUUCUGGCAGCUUCCAAUUUAUGCAGAUGUAGAUAAAGAUGCCGAUGCCAGUCAGGGUUGAUUUUGGUCCAUAGUUCGUGUAACCGUUUCAUCAUUUCCAAUGUUCAUGCCCAGACCCCGCGGGUCUGUGCCCGUGUACGCAUAUUUACAUAAACCUAACCCACAUUACAUACAACUCGAAUUGAGAGCGCACCAAUAAUAUACAUACUUUACAAAGUACGAUUAUUUUGAUUGAAUUGUAUGCUGAUAGUUAACCAAAUCAGAUCUAUGUAAUAUCUGGACAUUGCUUAGGGAAUAGACUGCGUAUUGCUCUCCUUACUGCGUAGCUCCAUGAAUUGAACUGUUUCAACAUGGUAGCAGGAACCUGUAAUAUGUAUGUUUAUGAUAUAUGUAUAUUAAUUUGCAUUUGUGUCGUUGCCUAGCGCCUUCGUUUAGCUAAAUUGUUCUGGAAUUUCCCUCUUCACCGUUUCUGUUUCGCACUAAAUUGUUAAUGAAUUAACUUAUGUAAAGCCGAAAGUAUAACCAAUUGCAACUGUCGAGUGGUGAGCGGCGGGUCAAGUAGAUUUCUCCGAUCCGCUCCGAUCCAAAUGCAAAUGUAAAUAAGUCAAGUUAAACAAUUAAGCAUCACACAUACCAGACAAACAGUGGAGAAGGAGGAGAAGACGACGAAAGGCGAAACUUAACGGAAUAUAUAAACUAUAAUAAUAUACCUUUAUACAUAUAUAUAAUAUAAAUAUAUAUUAAAUACGAGUAAUCAAAAGUUCGAUUGUAAUCCCCCCCAAAAAAGUAUUGCACAUAUGUAAUGUAUUCUAUAUUCUUUCCAAACUGAAUUUCAAUUCCCGGUUUGCUUUCGUUUUUGUUGUUAAACCGCUUUUAAAUGUAAAUGAAUGCGAUUAGUCCAGCAAGAAUUAAAUUUUAUAUGCAAAAAUACUUAGAAACCCCUUUAUUGUAACCCCUUGAUAUCAAUUAAAUUAUGGUGGAGCCAGAGCAAGUAACCCCAGCAAUCGCAAGGGGCUGAAAUCCUUCGAUCUAGGCUCCUUGCCGACCUCGAAAAAGAGAUAGAUGGGGUCUAACCUAGUAUAAAACGCGUACAUACAUACAUACAUAUAUGAAAUUCAAUUAAUGAUAAUUACAUUUUACGGAUUUGCGUGUGUAUUUAUUGUUCGUACAAGUCAAAAGCAAAAAACAAUACAAAAAUA